UGCUGAUGCUGAUGCGAGAGCUUUCGGCGUCACAGAUCAACAUCGCCCAGGAGUCACGGGCAUAUGAUGAAGCAGGUUGUCGUUAUUUGAUGUACUUUUAAUUCUCAUCAGUUUUUCACGGUGGACCUAGAAGCGGACGAAGCUGUCGAGCUUUUGAUAAAUGAAGAUCGCGGAUAAAUAAACCAGGUCGCUUCUGUCUGGUCGGUGGUGGUCUGGCCUGUCUUCUGAGACACAGGUGGAUUGAGAAACGACGUCAAAAAUCAUCGAUAAAAGGGAGUCACGAAACAAAUGCCGCUAAGCUUGAAUCAUCCAUACAGUAUUGCAUCCAAACGCACAUAUGGAGCUUUGGUAAUGUUGGGAGAAACGCUGUUUGGCGAGUUAGCCAGCUAUUAAGCUAAUUUGGCUAGCUAGUCAGUCAGCUAACCACUGGCCAAUGGCACGAGAGAAGCGAGAUGCCCGAAGGAGGAGUUAUUUAAAAUCGUUAGCUUAAAAUCUUUUUAACGCGGAAAGUUAAACAGCGACAUGUGUUAAGGCUCGCAUUUUGUAACACCCGAGGGCGUAUCAUGCUUUGUUUUGAGGCUACAGUUUGCUUACCUUUACGCACAUCUCCAAAUUAGCUGCGGAUGGAUAAGAGUAAAGGAUAUGGACAAUGUUGCGAAAUUCGGCUAUUUAUCGCGCAACUGUGGCGUAUUUUACUUGCUUUCGUUGGAUACACGUUGCUGUCGUGUCCUAUUUUUAAUUUUUUUUUACCUAUUCAUGGUCCUUCUUCAAACGUAAGUGGAAUAUGUUGACUUUGGGUGAGUCGAAUCCAUUGGAUACAGCCAGGAUUGAACCUGCCACGAGAGGGGAGUGAGUCACGGUGACUGAUAAAAAUAAAUAAUAUUCUUAGUCAAGUUCACACUCUUACAUCUGUGACAGAGAAACUAUUAAGUAAGAGUAAGUAUAAAUGACUAUAUUUUAUUUAAGCAGUUAAGUUUAGAGUACAAUAUUUUGCUUUGCCAAUGCCAGUGCAAAAAUGUGUCUACUACUGAAACAAUGGUUGUUGACUGCUGUGAGAUAAAAUUAAAGUGACAGCUUUAUAAGGAUUACCAGGGAACAUUGACAGUCUAAAUGGAACCAGCGCUCCUGUCUGGCCCUUUGGGGCAUACACAGUGGGAGACAGAACAACCAUUUCCUCUGGGAUUUCACUCUCUGGACUCAGACAAUGGGAGUGUGCUCUGUCAAAACAAGAGUGGCCAGACAGGUUUGGACAUCAGUGACCAGGAUCAUACAUUCAAAUCAUUAGGUGAUGAAGUCCUUCUUCAAAACAAUGUGCCCCAUUUGGACUCUCUAAUAAAUAUCACUGAAUUGUCUGGUGGAAAUUUUAAAUUUGAGAGAGACAGCCAAAGUAAUUCCCAGGCUUUGCCCCAAAGAACAGAGGAACUCUCUUGCUCAGAAAACGGAGAGCCAUCAGAGGAGGUCAGUGACUCCACCUUGUCGUGGCUGUUUUCCCCAGGCCUCUUUGAAGUGUCUGGGAAAGGCACUAGCUUUGACCAAUCAAGUCAGCCUCAGGAGCCCACUGAUGAAAACUCACAUGCUCCUAGUUAUGGAGCUAAUACACAGACUGUGAGUGUGCUAUCCUGUCUAGCAGAAAACACUGACAUUUCUAAAACCUUAGAUUCAGUUUUGUUGGUAGAUUUCUUUUCAGAUGAACACUUGUCUUCACGUGAUGAGAGUGUUACAAAGGAGGCCACAGGACUCUCUCUCCCCCAGGACGCUCUGUCACCUGACAUUGGAGACAAAGGUCUAUACCCAGAUCAAGUGACUGAUCUGCCACUAACCAGUACCUUCACAACUCAGAGUUUACCUGAGAACUGCCUUCUGCUCGACCACACAAGCACGCUGGAGGACUGCUUUCAACGAUCUGUGCCUUUGUUGGAUAUCGAGGUUCCCCUUUGUGACAACAGCUUGUGCCCUGCCAGUCCUGUUUCUCCUUCACUUUUAUCGAUAGAGCAAAUAGGAUCCACUGUAACUGCAAACCAAGGUUACGUGUCAGAACUGGAGCAGCUAGUGGAAAUUUCAUCUGAUGAUGCCGACAAUGUUAAGGAUGACACGAGACAGGACGACGCAUACCAAAAGGAAGAAAUAAAGGACGCAAAUGUACCAUGUGAAAUAAAAAAUCAGGAUUCAACAAUGGCUUUAGAUCUUUGUCCAUCUACUGAUGAGGUCCACAAUGAGGAGCACCCUGACACUUUACAAACUGACCCUUUGACCACUGAAUCAGCGCCAGAGCCAAAUGAAGAUUCAAACCACCUAGAAAUGUCAGACAUAUUGGAUUUUUCAGCUCAGGACUCAUCAGUGGAGGCGGAAUGGACUAACAAGCAGACUGUGGAGGCACUGUGUCUCUCCAAGAUGGUGGGAGAUGACUCAGUGCCUGUAGUUCCAACUGUCAUCACAAGUGAAGAAGACUUCUCCCCACUGAAAGCCGUGUUCGAUGCUCUGGACCAGGACGGAGAUGGAUUCGUUCGCAUUGAGGAGUUUAUGGAGUUCGCAGUGGCAUAUGGGGCAGAUCAGGUGAAAGAUUUGACCAAAUUUCUUGAUCCUAGUGGUCUGGGAGUGAUAAGUUUUGAGGACUUCCAUCGUGGGAUAUCAGCAAUUAGCAAUGGAGGCCCUGAGCCGCAGUUGUAUGGAGUCAACUACAGCCCGGGCGAUGGAGCUGUGGGCUGUCCCGAGGAGUACGAUGAGCAAAAUGAGGUGACAGACAGCGCCUACCUGGGCUCAGAGAGCACCUACAGUGAGUGUGAGACGUUCACAGAUGAAGACACUGGGGCGUGUGUGGCUCCAGAGAUGCACGAGGACGUGGAGACAGACAGUGGCAUCGAAGCCACACUGCACGACCCGGAGGACAGGAGUAACCGUUUUUCCCUCAACUCCGAACUACACAACCACUCGCCCGCUCUGGUGAUCGGAGGAGAGGAGGAGCACUUUGAGGAUUUUGGAGAAAGCAAUACGUCAGAACUGCUGCUAGAGACCAGUGUGGCCGAGACCGAGACAGACGGUGGCCCUCCCCUCACAAAAACACCAGAGAAGCUCAAUGGCUCCUCCCUGCUCUCUCCCAGUGGACCACCCCCCCUCCCCGACUCCUUUCAGAGCUUUCUCAGGGAGGAGGCUCUGGACUUUUUCUGUAGCCAGUGUCAUAAACAAAUCAGUCGUCUCGAAGACCUCUCCACACGCCUCAAUUUUCUCGAGAUGACUAGCGCUGGCAAGAGGCUGUCCAGUAAAAAAGUGGCAAGACAUCUACUACAGAACAGCUCCAUGACUCUGGACACAGUGAGCGAUCUCACACGGGAUAUUUUGGAGCUAGCUGACAAUGACAUCACUGACAAGGUGUUGCUACUGGAGCGGCGGGUGGCUGAGUUGGAAAAGGAGUCAGAGGCCUCUGGAGAGCAACACGCACGGCUGCGGCAGGAGAACCUGCAGCUGGUGCACCGCGCCAACGCCUUUGAGGAGCAACUGAAGGAGCAGGAGCUCUAUGCCGACGAGCAGCUGCAGCAAGAGGCCCGCAAGCACAAGGACGCCAUCAGCAAACUGGAGCGAGAGAGGGGGCUGGAGCUGGAGAACUUACAGGCCAGGCUUCAGCAGUUGGACGAGGAGAACAGUGAGCUGAGGUCAUGUAUCCCAUGUUUACGAGCCAACAUAGAGAGAUUAGAAGAGGAAAAGAAGAAAUUACAGGAUGAAACAGAGGCUUUGUCAGACCGACUGGAGGACGAAAUGGAGAACAGGAGGAAAUUGGCCAAUAAACUGAGCCAUGAGCGCCAUAUAAACCAGAAGGAGAAGGAGAGCACACAGGAGCUGAUUGAAGACCUGCGUAAACAACUGGAGCACUUACAAUUAUACAAAUUGGAAAUUGAAACAAAAAGAGGACGUACGCCUGGUGCUGGAUUGCAGGAGUACCAGACGAGGACCAGAGAGGCAGAGCUGGAGCAGGAAAUCAAACGGCUCAAACAAGACAAUCGCAGCCUAAAAGAGCAGAAUGAUGAACUGAACGGUCAGAUUAUUAACCUGAGUAUCCAGGGAGCCAAGACCCUCAUGUCAGCCUCUUUCUCUGAUUCUCUGGCUGCUGAGAUCAGCUCUGUGUCCCGCGCUGAGUUGAUGGAGACUGUCCACAAGCAGGAGGAGAUCAACUACAGAUUACAGGACUACAUUGACAAAAUCAUCGUGGCGAUUAUGGAGUGCAACCCCUCAAUUUUGGAAGUGAAAUAGACACAAUGCUGCAUACUGGAGAUAUUGUAAACAAAUGUAAACCUAAAUAUAUAUUUAUAUAAAUCAGAAAUAAUUUGGCCAUUCAUACUAUCAUAAAACUCCUCCUUAUGAAGAUUAAGUAACAAAAAAUAAACUCUUAAAAAUAAGAUAUCCCAACCUGCAGAUGCAUAUGCUAACCUUAAACCGAAAUGGGUUCUGUUGACCCCCAUGCUUGUGGCUAGAGGAACCUACAAAUCAUUUAAAGUUGAAAUCCUCCUUUUAAAAUACAGUGUCAGUAUAAAGGUACAAGAAAACCGUUAUGUUUAAAAGGUGACCACAAACUAUGUUGCUUCAUUCUAUUGGAUAGAGCUGAAUUUGUUUUGGCAUUUUCUUUUUAUGAUGCUCUGGUCCAGAAAUGGCAACAUUUAGAUUAGGUGUUAUGCUUGCUGUGUUGCCUACAAGAUUUCUGAAUAACCCACGUGAGGGGAUCAAAAUGCCCGGAGGGUUUAGCGUGGGUUUGCUUUUUGUGGCUUUAAAAAAUACACUAGUGGGGAAAUGUAAAUGAUACCCAAUCAGUUCUUGCAUUUGCUUCCUAUUAUUUAUUUUCUACAAUGAAACAAGGGUCACAAUUUAGGUGGGCCUUAACCCUGAUAGAACUUAUAUUAUAAUUUUCACUGACUGAUGUAAACACUGGAAAAACUGCUAUUCCUUCGAAGAUUACUGACAAUUACUGGCACUUUGUAAAUAAAUGGUUGUGCUUUAUCGUAGGUUAUGUAAGGCCCACCUGACUAGUAUCCCUUGGUUGAGUGAAAGCGAUAUAGGGAGCAGACAUCUCCAUUUUUUUUCCUACACAAAAGUAUUAUAUGAUUUUUUAUGUUUAUUUUUUUUUGACUGAAACACAUUGGGUGAAGAAAAGUAGCUGUACUUUGCACUACAUUUUGUUUUAUUUUUAUAUGUUUGCACCAUUGUGUAUUCUAAAGGGAUUGGAAAACUGACCAAUAACUAGAAGCACUCAUACCAGGACAUUUCACAGUUGAUAUAAGAGGAGCAGCAAUAAAAGUGGACACCUUGGAGAAGAGCUGGACUAAAUCUUUCUAACUUAAAAGCAACAUCUCCACAAGGAUGGAUGGAUGCUUGUCUUGCUGGUACUGCGCAGCACUUUGAGACUUUGUUUAUUGCUGUCUGAAACUGACUUUAAAUUAACUUUUCAAUGGUCUUCUAUGGGAGAUUAUCCAGACAGCAUGACACUCGGCAUCGGAUCUCUGGCCACUCCACAGGAAAUAGGCCGGAUGUAAAUGACUUGUAAAGUUUUUCUACUCUCAUUCUAGAUUCUAGGUAUUUUUAUAGUGGGAAGAAUUUGCUGCUUUUCCGUGUGGGGACAGCUGCUUGUACCUUCUCUAGCAUGUAGCGUGUACAGUCAAUGUUGGAAUUCUGUCAAAUCACAGAUGUUUAUUCACUGUGUCUGUGAUGUAUUCUGAUGAAAAUUUGUACAUUGGUAUUUUUGGAAUUGUUCAGGACAAAGAAGGUGACAGUCCCUUUGUAAAAAAAAAAAUCCCACAUGAAGAAUUUAUUAAAUCAUAGAAUAAUUUAAAUUAUAUUGUGUUAAGGAUGUGCAGAGGCAUGAAUGUGGCAAGCUUGCUUUUCCUUUAAGGUCAAUAUUCCCUCUUGUUAAAUGCUGAUGUGGUCAUGUCCUCACGUAGAUUGGGCAGAUAACUGCAGUUUGUAUUGAAUCACGCAUGGCACAAACAUUUGAAUUAAGAAAUUUACUAUAUUUUAAGUGAAAGUAAUGUCAUAUAAUUUAUAAAUGAACUGGUGGUUGGCAUGUUGAUAAUCCAUUCUUAUUUGUUAGCUUGGUAAAUAUGGGUUUGCGACAUCUCAUUUUAUGCUCAAAAUGUUUUGGUUAUGAACAAAGCUCCCACAAUGCAGUAAAGUCGCCCUGCUAACACUAACUGUUAACUUUGUAGUUCUGAAACUAAUGGCCAUUGAAACAGCUGAGACCAGAGUUGAAAACAUUCCCUUUUAGCAGAGCUGAAGGUGAUUGCACUUUAACCAGAUUAUUUUACUCCUUUAAACGUGUUUUCAAAUUGACCAAAGAUGGAUGUUUGAAUAUAAUCUAACAAUAUUCUGUAUCAGGGUCUGCAGUUUUGGUUGUAUCACCGGUGCCAGUAAAACUAUGAGCUCAUCCGGGAGAGAACAAACUGGCCUGCUCUAGUCCGACACUGUGCCUCUGAGUCUUGCUUCUGUGAUAAGCCUUUGGGAACGCACUGACCCGUGACUUGUGUCAGUUUGUUGUAAUAUUAAUGAAAUCAAACCUGUAAAUAUAAAAUGUCCUUUUGUGUACUCUUUUUCUUUUCAUUCUCACUUCCAGUGUCCAAAGAACGUUUGCUCAAGGCACAAACAGCACUACUGUAGUAGUGCAUGGCUUGCCAUUGUGUGACAUGGGAGAAAUAAAAGAAAAUAUUGUAGAAAAGAGAAAUUUAAGAAAAAAUGUAUUCUUAUUUUCAAUAGUAAUGUAUAAAUUAUAUCAGUAUUGGUUACACAGUUGUAUAAUAUUUUGGAGGAUUACCAAAUCAUCCUCAUUGUUAAUGGGAAAAUAUACUGUAAUUGCGUCGUUGUACAAUGAUAAAGAUUUUACAGUAAGCAGUGGAAGUAAGACUAGAAAACAAAUAAAGAAAUUAAACUAA